UGCGGGCUCCCUCGGCCGCGAUCCCCUGGCCUGGCGCGCACGGCCCCCUCUUGUCCAGGUCACAGCUCAAACGGCUCAAACUGCUACCGAGAGUUGCACGUUUCCUGUGUUUAUUAUUUGUCGUCCCGUUAGAUCUCACAAGCCACAGGCGACCGGAGACCUUGUCCGCGGGUGAAGGUGUGCCCGAGGCCGAGGACUCCGGGCACAAGAGAGGGGCCGGGCGAAGGAGGGGAACGGACGGGUCGUACUUUAUUCCCUUUGCACCGGGCCGGCGUGCGGCUUGGCGGAUCUGAAGACGACGUGAGAAACAUCUCGCGGACGGCGAGGGCCGGUGUGGACGGCACGAGGAGGCCGCUGGCACCGCCGGGGGCGAAGCGCAAGCCCGGGGAACCCCGGACUCGGCGGGGCGGCGGGCGCGCAGCUGCGGGGGGCGGGGAGGCGGGCAGGUGGGCAGAGGCCCCCAGGCGGGCCUGGGGACCCCGCCCCGCCCCGCCCGGAGAGCCCCGCCCCAGGCUCGCAGGCCCCGCCCCGCGCCCUAAGCUCGGUAGGCCGCGCCCCCUGGCCCCGCGCCGUUCCGGGGCUCGGGGCGGGGACCCGGCCGUCAGCCCCGCCCCGCGCAGGCCCCGUGGGCCCCGCUCGCGCCCCGCCCCCCGUUCCGGAGCCUUGCUCCCGCGCUGCGCCCUAGGCCUGCAGGCGCGCGGGCCGGUGGGUGGCCCUCCGCUCGCCGUGGAGCCAUGGUGCCGCCGCCGCUGUCACCGCCUCUUUGCACGCUGCCACCGGGCCCCGGGCCCCCGCGCUUCGUGUGCUUUUGCGAGGGGGAGGGAGAGGACGGAGGCCCCGGCGCCUUCAACCUCUAUGUGACCGACGCAGCGGAGCUAUGGAGCACCUGCUUCACGGCGGACAGCCUGGCGGCCCUCGUGGGUAGCGGCGCUCCCGGGCGGGCCCGGAAGCCCCCAGCACCCCCGACUGCAGUGCGGACCGCCUAUGAGAUGGAGAAAGCCCGUUUUGGCCUGAGCGCGGCUGAGGAUAUCACUUCCCGGUUCAGGGCAGCCUGCGAGCAGGGAGCUCUGACUUUCGUCCUGCAGGAGGACCGAGCGUCCCUCACCCUUUCAGGGGGGUCCUCAGCACUGGAUUUUGACCUCUCCAAGGUGCCGGGCCCAGAGGCAGCCUCCAGGUUGCAGGCGCUGACACUGAGGCUGGCAGACCAAGUGUGCACCUUGACGAGGCAGCUGGCAGGUGCGGUGGGGGGGCAGUGCCCAGAGCCUUCACUGGGCCCCGUUCCUGCUAGCGCCUGUACUCUUGGCUUCUUCCCCAGCUGCGGAGGUGACAGCUGCCAGCCCCAGAAAGAGCCCUGGUCUGGGGCCUCAGUUCCUCUUACCGGACCCAGAUCCUCAGAGAGGCGGCCCUGGACUCGGGGUCAGGAGGCGGUGUCCAGGAGAGUCCCUCAUCAACCCCGGCUUCAAGAGAAACCAGCCGGUGGUGUAGACUUUGAGAGCCCUUGAGGGUGCAGCAGAGUGUGAUCCUGCCAGCAAUCCGCCUGUGAGGUGGGGACAGCCUCUGAGAGCCGUCUGCGCGCACCCGUCCUACCGGAGGGUCGGGCACGCCUGCUCCCCACACCCCUUCUCCGUUGAAUAAAUGCUUCCUCGCAGGGAGGAACUGGC